CCGCCGCUCUCCAAAAACCGAGACGCGCCGCCGCCGUCAGUGCGGGCAUGACAAAUCCUGGCAGCAGCAGUUGUGGGCUUCCGUCCGCUUGCUUCUAAGAAGAUCACAACAGGGAGAGGAAGACAAGUAAAGAGUCAAAGACAGGGAAGAAGAAGACGAAUAAGAAGAAUAAGAAUAAGAAGAGAGAGAAGUGACUCAUUCCCACAACUGCCGUGCGUCGAGAGGAGCAGAUGAGCCAAUGGCAGGGGCACAGCCUGGAGUUCACGCGCUGCAGCUCAAGCCAGUGUCCGUGCCCGAGAGCCUCAGAGCGGGCACCAAAUUUAUGAAAUGGGAUGAUGAUUCCACCACUGUGACCCCGGUGACUCUGACAGUUGACCCCAAAGGUUACUUCCUGUAUUGGACAGACCAGAACAAGGAUACAGACCUACUGGAUAUAGCGUACAUAAAAGAUGCACGAAAUGGAAAGUGUACCAAGUCGCCAAAGGAAGCCAAGCUGCGUGAGCUACUGGAUGUCAGCACCCUGGCGGGGAAGAUGGAGAACAGGAUGCUGACGGUGGUUAGUGGCCCCGACAUGGUCAACAUCACCUACCUGAACUUCAUGGCGUUCCAGGAGGAGAUAGCUAAGGAAUGGGCGGAAGAGCUAUUCAACCUGGCAUCUAACCUUUUGGUACAGAACAUGUCCAGGGAGGCCUGCCUUGAGAAAGCAUACACUCGGCUGAAGCUGCAGCUCAACCCAGAGGGGCGAAUCCCCGUCAAGAAUAUCUGCAGGGUGUUCUCAGCAGACAGGAAGCGAGUGGAGACUGCCCUGGAAAACUGCAACCUCCCUUCUGGCAGAAAUGACUCCAUCCCUCAGGAAGACUUCACUCCAGAGGUGUAUGACAUGUUUCUAAGCAACAUCUGCUCCCGAUCUGAGCUGGACCACAUCUUCUCUGAUGUGGGGGCUAAGAGCCGUCCGUACCUGACGGUGGAGCAAAUGACGGAGUUCAUCAACAAUAAACAGCGAGACCCUCGUCUGAAUGAGAUUCUCUACCCUCCUCUGAAACCAGAACAGGUCCAGCAGCUGGUGGACAAAUAUGAACCUAAAGCUUUGCUGGCACAGCAAGGUCAGAUCUCGGUCGAAGGCUUUGCCAGGUACCUGAACGGGGAGGAGAACUGCAUCAUCCCCCAUGAGAAGCUGGACCAGAGUGAGGACAUGACGUUUCCCCUCUCCCACUAUUUCAUCAACUCUUCACACAACACAUACCUCACAGCCGGCCAGCUCGCAGGAAGCUCCUCGGUUGAGAUGUACAAGCAGGUUCUCCUGUCUGGAUGCCGCUGCAUUGAACUGGACUGCUGGAAGGGUCGCACCACGGAGGAAGAGCCCGUCAUCACCCACGGCUUCACCAUGACAACUGAAAUCUCCUUCAAGGAAGUGAUCGAGGCUAUCGCAGAGUGUGCUUUCAAGACAUCGCCCUUCCCUAUCAUUCUGUCUUUUGAGAACCACGUGGACUCGCCAAAGCAGCAGGCCAAGAUGGCCGAGUACUGCCGGUCAAUAUUUGGAGACGCAUUGCUUACAGAGCCUCUGGAAAAAUAUCCUAUGGAGUCCGGUGUCCCAUUACCCUGCCCAAUGGAGCUCAUGGGUAAAAUCUUGGUGAAGAACAAGAAGAAACACCACAAGACCGACGGAAGUACCAAGAAGAAAUUGUCGGAGCAGGUUUCCAACACCUACAGUGAUUCUUCCAGUGUGUGCGAGCCCUCCUCCCCGAGCGCAGGUUCCACCAAAGAAGAGAUGGCAGAUUCUUCACAGCCCUCCGAGGGUGCUGAGCUCAGCCUGAGGCCACAGGGGAGAAAGUCUAUCGGUGAGGUGGAGGCAGAAAGUGAAGAUGAAGAUGAUGAUGAUGACGACUGUAAAAAGGGCUCAAUGGAUGAGGGCACAGCAGGCAGUGAGGCAUUCGCUACAGAGGAAAUGUCCAACCUGGUCAUCUACAUCCAACCAGUCAAGUUUAACAGCUUUGAGGCUUCCAAAAAGAUCAAUCGCAGUUACCAGAUGUCGUCCUUCGUAGAGACCAAAGCUUUGGAGCAACUGACCAAAUGCCCCGUCGAGUUUGUGGAAUACAACAAGCUGCAGCUGAGCAGGAUCUACCCUAAAGGCACUCGAGUGGAUUCAUCCAACUACAACCCUCAGCUCUUCUGGAAUGCUGGCUGUCAGCUGGUGGCUCUCAAUUUCCAAACCAUUGAUUUGUCCAUGCAGCUGAACCUGGGCAUGUACGAGUACAAUGGAAAAUGUGGAUACAGACUCAAACCAGAGUUUAUGAGACGACCAGACAAACACUUUGACCCUUUCACUGAGAGCACGGUGGAUGGGAUAGUAGCCAACACACUGUCUGUUAAGAUUAUCUCAGGCCAGUUCCUGUCGGAUAAGAAAGUGGGCACAUACGUGGAGAUCGACAUGUUCGGCUUGCCUGUGGACACCAAGAGGAAAGCUUUCAAGACCAAGACAUCUCAGGGCAAUGCCAUCAACCCUGUCUGGGAAGAGGAGGCCAUUGUCUUCAAGAAGGUUGUUCUGCCCACACUUGCUUCAAUAAGGAUCGCUGUGUUUGAAGAGGGAGGAAAGUUCAUCGGCCACCGCAUCAUUCCUGUGUCGGCCAUCCGUCCAGGCUAUCACUACAUCAGCCUGAGAAAUGAGAAGAACCAGUCCCUGACGCUGCCGGCUCUGUUUGUGUAUGUCGAAGUGAAGGACUAUGUUCCAGACACAUUUGCAGAUGUCAUUGAAGCUUUGUCCAAUCCCAUCCGCUAUGUCAACCUGAUGGAGCAAAGAGCCAAUCAGCUGGCUGCUCUCACUCUGGAAGAGGGAGGAGAGGAGGAAGGUGACAAAGAGGUGGAGGCAGGAAGCGACGCCCCCUCAGAAUCGAGGGUGGACCAGAGGGUGACGACGCCGACAGAGAACGGAGUGAGCUCCACACCGAUCAUCGCCCCUAAGCAGCCGUCACUCGUCGGCCAGAAUCCGUCUGCAGGCUCACUGAAACCAGCAGUGAAGAGUGAGGACAUCGUUCAGAGUGUUCUCACUGAACUGGAAGCUCAGACUUUGGAGGAGCUGAAGCAACAGAAGGGAAUUGUUCGGGAGCAGAAGAAGCAAUACAAGGAGAUGAAGGAGCUGGUUCGGAAACACCACCGCAAGACCAGCGAGCUGAUCAAAGAGCACACCGCUCGCACGUCCGAGCUGCAGAGCCAGUACCAGCGCCGGCGCUCCACCCUGAGGAAGAUCCGCAAACAAGACGGUAAGAAAAGCCGGUCCGAGCACUCUCUGUCGACCCUGGACAAGGAUCUGUGUGAGCUGGAUCAGGAGUGUAGCCAGCAGCUUGCUGAGCUGAAGGAGCAGCAGCAGCAGCAGCUCCUCACGCUUCGCCAGGAGCAGUACUACAGCGAGAAGUACCAGAAACGAGAACACAUCAAACAGCUGGUUGAGAAGCUGACCACCAUAGCAGAGGAGUGCCAGAGUGCUCAGCUCAAGAAGAUCAGAGACAUCUGUGAGAAAGAAAAGAAGGAUCUGAAGAAGAAGAUGGACAAGAAACGGCAGGAGAAAAUAACCGAAGCCAAAUCUAAAGACAAGAAUGUGACGGAGGAAGAGAAGCUGGAGAUCAACAGAUCUUUUGUCAAUGAGGUGGUGCAGUUCAUCAAACGGUUGGAAGAUGCACAGAGUAAAAGACAGGAGAGACUACUGGAGAAGCACAAGGACAUCCGCCAGCAGAUAUUAGACGAAAGGCCAAAGCUACAGAGCGAUCUGGACCAGGAGUACCAGGACAAGUUUCGCCGGCUACCUGUGGAGAUCCAAGAAUUUGUUCAGGACAGCAGCAAGGCCAAGCUUAGCGACGACGGAGUCAACGCAAACCUGGUCACGUCCUCGACGGCGGAGAAGCUCAACCACAAGGCGUCGCAGUCUGAGGACGACACGGAGGAGGGCUCGUCGGAAAGAGUGUACGACACAUCCCUUUAGAGAUUUGAUCUCGGCUCCAUGCUUCACACUGGGACACUGGUUGCUGGAUGUGUUUGUGGCGACAGAUGUAUCAUGAGACUGCCCCAACUUUGGUCCUAAUUUUAACCAGAGGGAGGAUUAGAUCAAAUCUGAGCCUGAAGUGGUGAGUAGAGGUUCUCUCUACGUAGAGUGCAGUCUUGUCCACUAAACCAUUCUUUUUUGUGUAUUUGUAUGUUGCCUGUAUUUCGUCGUCUCUUUCGAUACGGCCACAGGAUGUGUUACAAAGCACUAACUAUUUGCAGGAAAUAACUUACUUGAACUAUUGCACAGAGAGAGUAGUUUCUUUUUAUGAUUUUCUUUUAUUAUUAUCAUGAUAUUGACAGUAGUAGUAGAAGUGGUCAGUGAGGUGUGUGGUGCCAAGGUUUUGAAUUAACUUACAGUGGUCAUGUCAGUAAAGUGGAGUCAACUUGUACUGUAGAGAAACCACUGCAUAUUCAGCCUUUACAGCUUCCAUCUUUAUAAGAUUUAGAUUCACACAUCCAUUGCACUGAAGGCUCACUACGUAACUAUGUAACUCUUACUUAAACCCAGAGGCACUGGUGGCUUGCUGGUUCUCUAUUUUGUUCUCACAGAACUAAGCCUUUGUGUUGCUGCUAUGUUGUUUUUAAAACCAUCCAUUUUUAACCAUUAUUUGGUUUUGUAUGAUAUUUGGCAUGAUAAUGUUAUGCAGUGGUCUGUCAUCAAUUUCUUUCUUCUUUUUAAAUCCUGGCUACUUUUUAACAAGUUUGUUUGGACUGUGGGCAGCUCUGUCCAGAGAGGGAGCGAAGGGAACAUGUGCUGUACAGUAUCUGCAUGUAUUUGACCAGCUGUAAACGUUUCACUAGCUCAGUAGCAGAGAUGUUUAUUAAAUGUAAAUCUAUUUUCUCUUAAACAUUUAAAACUGAACCUGCAAAAUAGUGGGACCCGGCGUGGCUUGAUGCAUCACUGUGGCAAAAAACUGAAAAAGUUGUUUUUAACGACACACCUUUUAACAACAGAUCCAACAUCCUCUGGCUCGAGCCAACAGGUUACUCAUUGCAGCCUCUCCCUUUGUACCCUUGAGCUGAUAAUGUCAAACCAGGACAUUCAAACAAAAGAGGAUUCCUUCUGUAGUUCUGUAGAAGUGGCUUCUUUCUUAACACUGUUCACUGUGCACCUGCCCAGUACAUGCAUGGGACAACAGGAGAUACACUGGCAUUUCUCCCAAUCACGGCCCACAAUUGGUAGCUCUAGGCUGAAGUGAGGGAACAGCUCUGUCAUUUUUCAGCAGACCCCCAAAACGCUUAGUUCAGAACACCAGCGUGAACAUGAUCUCAUGACAACUGACCUAUCUCCUCUUUAAAGGUUGUGUGUGUGGGAAAUUCUAGAGAGGCCUUCAGAUAUCAUAAAUACAUGAAAGGUCCUCUCCAGAGCCAUUGUUUUGAUUUGUCCACUGAAACAUGGUGGUGCAACAAGGUUGGACUCCGUGGAAGAGUCCAUGGCUCAUUCUGAGUGAACGAAUAGACCAUGCUUCUGAGUUACAGCUAAUUAAACAUCAAUGAAAACAGAAUGAUGGAUAUUAUAAUCAAGAUCCCCCAAUAGAUCACCCUGAAUCCUGCACACUGGCCUCUAACUGUGCUGCCAGUAGCCACACAGGAAGUGUUUCCUACUUCCUUAACUGUCCGGUGCCAUUUCACUCAUUUGUGUGUCAUUUUAUAUCAAAUCAUAUUUCAGCCGAGUUUCCUUUAAGAGAAAUACUUGUUGAAAGUGACGGAUAACCUGACAUGUGAGUACAAACUACUUAAAAACAAAACAAAAAAAAAGAUGAUGUUGAUGUGAGAGUCCUGUGCCUUUGAAUUGGUUUGCCUUGUUUGAUGUUGAAUGUGUGAAAUGCAUCAUUGUUUCAAAUGCCAUCAUACUAUACAAAGCUGUCUGAUAUUGAAUAGACCGUGUGCACUUUUUAGUACAGUACCACUACUGAGUAAUGCUUGUGAUGAGCAGUAUUUGACAUGUGUCUCAUGAGAAAUGCGAGACGUCCUUCUUCUCGUUUUGUCUUGAACCAACUUUAUUUAACAGCCCCUCCUCCCUUUUCAUCAAGUGUAUGCACUCUGGAAAUGUAAAUGUAUGACACAAAGGAUAAAAUAUGAAGUUGAUGAAAAAAAUACAUAGUGUAAAGGGACUUUGCCUGUAAUUAAUAAUAAA